AUGGCCCCCAGGGACCUCCCCGGCCGGCCAACGGCGCGCGAGGCGAUGGAAAGUGCUGCACCCGUUCCAGAAAUCACAAAGCAGCGACUCACCCCAUCCAGUAUACAGCGACCACAAACGAACGCAUCGACAGCGCUCAACCACCUCGGAUUCCCAGACAACGACGAGCGCCCCCAUAUCGGCCAGUGUAAUGGCCGGGGCGUCAUGCUCGUCCCCUUAGUCCUGCGCUCUAUCGUGCUCCCAUACCUGCGCACGAGCACGACACACGCAGCUGCUGCCUCGUCCAGUACAGCACCCCGUCUCGCCGCGGCGUCCAUCUCGUCCUCGGCCCGUACGUCGCGUGCAGCCGAGGCAGAGCUGUCGCAGGAAGGAGGACUCGAGCACACGCCAUUCCAGCCUGCGUGGGAACCUCCUGCCGAGCUACGGCACCAUGCGCGCACCCGUCGGCCACCACCGACGACGACACAUCUGCCUCUGGCAGCGUAUCCGGGCCAACAACAUUGCGUUGGACCACCGCAUACCAAAGGAAAGCCACCACCACGGCCAAAACCACCACGAGAGGAAGAUGCCAAGACCAAGACGAAACUGUCAAAGACCAAACCUGGCUCCGAGUCUUCACCUGAUCCCCACCUGGCAUUAGACCCGUCUCCCCCUUCUCCAUCACCACUGCAACCUACACCAUCACAAGACACAGCUGUGCAGCGUGUACCUGUAAUUCACAAGCCCGUGGACAUCUUCGACCGCACUCCCAACGUCCCCGAAUAUGUGCUGCCUCCAAACAUCGACAUGAUGAUCAAGGCAAAGCUGUACCGCUUGGCCGUGUACACGAUCCUCUCGACUGUCGAGUACUCGAUCGAUGAAUCGCUUGUGCAAGAGGUGGCCCGGAAGCUCAGGAACAGGGGGGCCGGCGCGCUCGCUAUCCGUCUGCAACGGUCGGUCAAGCAGCCGUUUCGCCCAAACGGCAAGCCCCACAUUCUCCUCCCGCUCUGCACCGAAGCCGAGCUCGCAGCUGGUGUCGAGACCGCAGCACCCGCCCCUCCCAAGCCGGCGGGAUACUGGCGGCUCCCCUUGGUGCCCUUCAAACCCGACGAGGUCCGCGGCCUGACGCCCGUCGAGCGCCGCACGCGCUUCUACAACAGCGAGAUUUCGCGGCAUAUGACGGUACAGCACCCGAUCCCGCGCUCGUCGCCCAUCCUGCGCAUGGGCCAGCCGAAACCCAAGCUGCGAAAGGUGCGCGACAUGCUCACGUACAUUGACACGUUGCGGCGCAACCACAAGUUUAUCCCGGACCGCGUCACGGCCAACAUUGUGCUCAAGGCGUGGCUCAUGCAGGUCUCGCGCGGAAAGACGUGGCGCGACGAGCACGGAGCCCGCAAGCAGGACCUGCGCAACAUCUUUGACAUUGUGGCGACAUCUAUCGAGACCGAGACGCCCAUCCACAUUCCAAACCCCGACCCGGGACCCGUGCCCGACUUUGACUUUAUCACCGCCGUCGACUACCACCGCCACGUCGUCCCCUUUGGCAGGCUCGUCAUGGAGGCCAUGGUGCGCGCCGGCGACAGGGAGGGACGCCAGGUGGUUAAAGUCUGGAUGGAUAAGAUGAGGGACCAGUGCGAGGCCAAGGAGAAGGCGGCGGCGGCGGCCAGUGCUGCUGCCAGUGCUGCUGCGGCCAAUGCCGCUGUCGAAGCCAAGACCAAGACCAAGGUGAAGGCCGGGGAGGAGGCAAAGGAGGUCGGGAAGGAGGAGGAGGGAGAGGGGGAGGGAGAGGACGAGGAUGUCGCCGGCCAGGCAUGA